CGUAAUGAUGUUAUAUGUUAUACACAAAGGGACACAUAAGUCAAUUUGGAAACCUGGAUUUGAGUUCUCGAGUGCUACCUGGCUCGGUCUUAGAAUUGUUCUCUUUUUAUCAACAUUAGGAUCAAUAUAGACAAGAUAAUAAUUUUAUUUUGCUUUUUUGCAAUUUCCUCAAACCAAUCACCAAGGAAUAAGGGAGUCAGAAGUUCCUGAGCUGCCACCGAGUGCGGACAUUCCUUUAUUUUUGGCAGCGAUAUAUUCUGAAGUUCGAAUGGAACUGUCUGAUGUCACUUACGACUACAGCGACAAAUUCAUAGUAACUUCUGACGUCAAGUCGACCUUCGAUCGCUAUGGGUUUAUCAUAUUAAGGCAUGCCCUGAGUUCGGAAGAAGUUCGUUUGACGAACAGCUUCCUGGAGAAUGACCAGGAACGACUGGACAAAGCUUAUGGGCGGACUGAUGAUGAGGGUCGGAAAGGGAUGAUGACACUAUGGAAUGAACCAAAAGAUGACAUCACUGGUCUCAUUAGCAGAUCGGAGAAGAUUGUGGGUACGAUGGAAGCGCUUCUUGGAGGGGAGGUGUACCACUAUCAUGCCAAACUCAUGCUGAAAGAGGCAAAGACGGGUGGCAAACACGUCUGGCACCAAGACUACGGGUAUUGGUACCGGAACGGAUGCUUAAAGCCCGACAUGGGAUCUGUAUUCAUGGCGAUCGACAAAUGUGAGAAAGCAAAUGGUUGUUUGGAGGUGAUUCCCGGCUCGCAUCACAUGGGCCGUGUCGACCACAAGUUCGUCGGCGAGCAGACCGGGGCAGACAUGGAGCGCGUCGAGUGGGCCAGGAAGAAGCUCGGCCACGCGUUCGUCGAGAUCGAGCCUGGCGAUGCCAUCUUCUUUCACUCGAACGUCCUUCAUGCCAGCGGGCGCAACGACAGCGACAAUCGGCGAUGGGUCCUCAUCGUCGCGUACAACCGCGCGGACAAUGACCCCGUCUACGAGCACUGCCAUCAUGCUCAUUACACUCCAAUCAACAAGAUACCAAGCAGUGAAAUACUAGCAUCCCUCAACUCCUAGGUGAAGUGUUGGACCUUGCUACGAAGUACUGACAGACUCUCGCUUUAUGUUGGCCCGAUGAAGAAUCGAGUUAAACUCUCAUAAUUCAUUAUCAUUGAAGGCCUA